CUCUCUGUCUGUGUGUGUAGGAUGGAGUGGCAGCCGGAUGAACAGGGUUUGCAGCAGGUACUUCAGCUGCUGAAGGACUCCCAGUCUCCAGACACAGCCACACAGAGAGCUGUGCAGGAAAAACUGGAACAGCUCAACCAGUUCCCAGACUUCAACAACUAUCUCAUCUUCGUCCUUACAAGCCUCAAAUCAGAGGAUGAGCCGACCCGUUCUCUAAGUGGUCUCAUAUUGAAGAACAAUGUGAAGGCCCACUACCAGAACUUUCCUCCUCUGGUCGCUGACUUCAUCAAGAGGGAAUGUCUCAACAACAUCGGAGAUCCCUCGCCCCUCAUCAGAGCAACCAUCGGCAUCUUGAUAACAACCAUAGCAUCUAAAGGAGAGCUGCAGACAUGGCCUGAACUCCUCCCUCAACUCUGUAACCUGCUCAACUCUGAAGACUACAAUACCUGCGAGGGUUCUUUCGGAGCACUGCAGAAGAUCUGUGAGGAUUCUUCAGAGCUGUUGGACAGUGAUGCUCUCAACAGACCCCUGAACAUCAUGAUCCCCAAGUUCCUACAGUUCUUUAAACACUGCAGCCCAAAGAUCAGGUCUCAUGCCAUAGCGUGUGUGAAUCAGUUCAUCAGCAGUAGAGCCCAGGCUCUGAUGGAUCACAUUGACACCUUCAUCGAGAGUCUGUUUGCUCUAGCGGGGGAUGAGGACUGUGAGGUGAGGAAGAACGUGUGUAGAGCUCUGGUCAUGCUGCUGGAGGUCCGGAUAGACCGACUCAUACCACACAUGCACAGCAUCAUACAGUACAUGCUCCAGCGAACCCAGGACCCAGAUGAGAAUGUCAGUCUGGAGGCCUGUGAGUUCUGGCUCACCCUGGCUGAGCAGCCCGUCUGCAAGGAGGCCCUGUCUGGGCACCUGGUCCAACUCAUCCCUAUCCUGGUGAAUGGGAUGAAGUACUCUGAGAUAGACAUCAUCCUCCUAAAGGGAGAUGUAGAGGAGGAGGACGACACCGUACCAGACAGUGAGCAGGACAUCAAGCCUCGCUUCCACAAGUCACGCACUGUCACCCUGCAACACGAGGGAGGAGAGGGGGAGGAGGCGGAGGACCACGACGAUGACGAUGACGACGAUGACACGCUCUCCGACUGGAACCUGCGGAAGUGUUCAGCGGCAGCGUUAGACGUGUUGGCUAACGUGUUUCGUGAUGAGCUCCUCCCCCACCUGCUGCCCCUGCUGAAGGGCCUGUUGUUCCACCCAGACUGGGUCGUCAAGGAGUCUGGAAUACUGGUGCUGGGGGCUAUCGCUGAGGGUUGUAUGCAGGGCAUGGUUCCCUACCUACCAGAGUUGAUGCCUCACCUCAUCCAGUGUCUCUGUGAUAAGAAGGCCCUGGUGCGCUCCAUCGCCUGCUGGACCCUGUCCCGCUACGCCCACUGGGUGGUCAGCCAGCCCCCGACUCCCACCUCAAACCCCUCAUGA